AUGGUGUCAGUCAGCCUUGGGCCGCUCUCCAACUUCACGCAAUCGCGUUAUGUGAUCCAUCUGUCGGAUGGCAAGCGUCUGGUGCUUUUCCGCCUACCGUCGAUCGAACCGUCGAGCGGCAAAAGUAAGAAUGCAAACGAGACCGAGGACGGGUGGUUAUAUUAUGCGAUGGAGGCAGAGUGUCCCCAUGCCGGUGGCCCGAUGCAGGACAGCUCUGUUGACAUCGAAGAUUCCGCAUAUAUCGUGUCGUGUCCGUGGCAUGCAUACGAUUUCAAUGUAGAGACGGGCGAGUCGAGUGUGGGGAUUACGGCUUGCACAUUUCCCAUCAAUGUUCACGGUGACGAUGUGGUCAUGCAGUAUCCUGGAGACAACAUCACGGCUGCAAAACUCGAGCCAGUGAGCGAGAAGAUGCGCCUGAAGAAGAACGAGCCCGCAACCAAGUCGACUGCGUCAACUAAGGAAAUCGCUCUGUCUGAGCCGGCUCGGUAUCUGGACGAAAAUGCCACGCUUUGCGAUUGGUGUGCGCAUAUCUUGAAUACCUCGAAUCCUGAGCACAAAAUUGAACUGACGGCACAUCUCUAUGCGACCUUUACCGAGAGGGAGGGCUCGUCAUCUCCUAUGCCGCUGGGGCGUGGCACAGUGCCCGCGCCGGCCGAACCGCCCCGUGAUGGAUUGACAUCCGUCAAACCUUGGGAGAUGCCGAGAGCAGGAAAGGGAGGCACUCUCAAAAGUAGAAUUUCCAUGUUGCACGCACUGGCCAAUAUUGAGCAGUGGGCCAUCGAUCUUGCCCUCGACAUUUGCAUUCGAUUCGCUGCUUUCCAGACAGAGGCAGCAUCGCAGGGCGGCCCGCGCGAGCUACCACGGACUUAUUUCCAUGACUGGUUGAAGGUCGCCAAUGACGAAGCCAAGCACUUUUCUUUACUUCGGGCCCGUCUCGAAGAGAUGGGAUCUUUCUUUGGAGCCCUUCCUGUUCACCACGGUCUCUGGGAAUCAGCCACGUCUACGGCCCAUGAUCUCCGGGCGCGCAUCAGCAUUAUUGCCCUCGUGCACGAAGCCCGUGGACUCGACGUCAACCCGAUGACCAUCGACAAGUUCCGCAAGGCUGGCGACAAGGAGAGCGUGGACGCGCUGGAGAUUAUUCACAACGACGAAAUCACCCAUGUGACGACCGGGCACCGAUGGCUUUCGUGGAUCUGCCGACAGGAAGAGACUGACCCCGUUGAGGUUUUCCGCUCAAAUGUACAGAAGUAUUUCCGAGGCGCUCUUCGGGGGCCUUUCAACACGGAAGCCAGAGCGCAGGCGGGUAUGGAUCAGCACUAUUAUGAAAACUUGGUCGGUUUGCAUGGCAUUGAGGCAGCUUAA